UCCUCUGCCUGCUGGGCUUUGCUCCUCAGAGCUGCUAAACACCUCUGACGGGGAGCUGGCGGAGUAAGGCGAAGACUCAGAUGUGAGCCGCUGGAAGGGAUUUGUGACUGCCUGCGGCAGAUUGAACUGUGGCUCUGCCACAGGCAUGGUUUCUGCCAUGGGGGUUGGUAGGGGUGGCUGAGCAGGAUGACCUUCAGGCACCAGUGGGCCGGGGGCUGCCUGUGCUGGAGACUGGGGCUGCAGAGAAACUGCCUUGAGUUUACCCACUGGAGUUUUGUACCACUGGUGUGGUUUUGGCAGCAGUAACUCCUGGGUGUGUUUCUCACAAACCAGCUCCUACUCCCUGUAAAUGUCUUGCCUGAAGCACUCGCUAAGUACUCGUGGCAGUGGUUAUGCUGCGGGAGCCCAGGUCCGCUUGUGGCGGCAGCUGCUGUGUGCGGCGCAGAGAGGUUUGGCGUUGCGGCAGCUCGGCGGCACAGAGCUCAUCACUGCCUCUGGGAACAGCACCGCAGCGCUAAUUGGAUGUGGGUGCCACAUGUAACUGCCUGCACCGUACCCGGAGGCACAGGGACAGGGGCAGAGGGGGAAGACCUGCUAGCAAUAAAGCUUAGCUUGCUUUAAGGUCAAUCCUCAUCCAUUUAUCUCUCUCACUGUGAGAUCCUGUUUAUCAAGAAUAAUGCCUGGAAGUUGGCAGUUGUGGUCUGUAUGAGUGUUAAUUUCUUCCCCUGUGCUGCAGGGGUGUCUGCACGGGAAAUAAAGGGACUUUUCCCAUGUCAGGCUCUCCUGAGCUGCUGCAGUGGUUGGAGUGGACAGAAACAAUGGGAGGAAAGUUUCCUGUUUGCUGCAGAUUUCAAAGAGGUCUUUGGCCCUGUGGAACAGAAAAGCUCCAGUAAGUUGUGCUGUGGUUAGGAAGGAUGCUUUUGGGAAGGUGGUGAAGUAAAAUGGCAUUAAAUAGGCCUGAGGUUUGCAUGCCCACUGGCUGACAUCCUCAGCAAGGAGCAGAGAAGACUCUGCAACUGUUCAGAGGAAUGGGGAUUGGAACAGUUCAAAGAGUUGUUCUUUGCUGGGUUUGGUCUGCUGUGCUUGACCAAAUGGGGGAGGCUGCUAAGGCAGUGUCAGCUGAGGGUGAUUAAAUCCUCCUGUGAAGCUGAAGAUCAAUCACACUACUGCUGCUGCUGCACUAAGAGCUGUGACUUUCCAGAGAGGAUCUUCCAUAGGCGUUCCUGCAGCGGAUGAUGCAGUGUGCUGCAGCCAGGGUGGACAAGAACGUCACGGAAGAGACAGUGAAGAUGUUGUUUUCAAACAUUGAAGACAUUCUUGCAGUGCACAGAAGCUUCCUGUCGCUGGUGGAGGAGAGCUUGCAGCCAGAGCCCAGCGCGCAGCACGAAGUCGGGACCUGCUUCCUUCGCUAUAAGGAGAAGUUCCGCAUCUAUGAUGAGUACUGCAGCAACCACGAGAAGGCACAGAAGGUGCUGCUGGACCUGAACAAAAUCCGGACAGUGCGAGCCUUCCUGCUGAACUGCAUGCUGCUCGGGGGACGCAAGAACACUGACGUGCCCUUGGAGGGCUAUCUGGUGACGCCCAUCCAGAGGAUAUGCAAGUACCCCCUGCUGCUGAAGGAGCUGCUGAAGCGGACCCCGCGGAAGCACAGUGACUACGCAGCGCUGAUGGAAGCCCUGCAGGCCAUGAAAGCUGUCUGCUCCAACAUCAACGAGGCCAAGAGGCAGAUGGAGAAACUGGAGUUCCUGGAAGAGUGGCAGUCCCACGUGGAGGGCUGGGAGGGCUCCAACAUCACAGACACGUGCACAGAGAUGCUGCGCAGUGGGCUGCUGCUGAAGAUCUCAGCAGGCAACAUCCAGGAGAGGAUAUUUUUCCUGUUUGAUAACCUUCUGGUCUACUGCAAAAAGAAGCACAGGCGGCUGAAGAACAGCAAAGCCUCUACUGAUGGGCACCGGUACCUCUUCCGGGGCAGGAUAAACACCGAGGUGAUGGAGGUGGAGAACGUGGACGAUGGGACAGCUGACUGCCACAGCAGUGGACACAUGGUGGUUAACGGCUGGAAGAUCCACAACACAGCCAAGAACAAGUGGUUUGUCUGCAUGGCAAAGACCCCAGAGGAGAAGCAGGAGUGGCUGGAAGCGAUCCUGAAAGAGCGAGAGAGGAGAAAAGGCUUAAAGCUGGGCAUGGAGCAGGACACGUGGGUGAUGAUCUCUGAGCAAGGAGAAAGGCUGUACAAGAUGAUGUGCAAACAAGGGAAUCUCAUCAAAGACAGGAAGAGGAAACUGACCACUUUCCCCAAGUGUUUUCUUGGAAGUGAGUUUGUAUCCUGGUUGUUGGAAAUUGGAGAGAUCCACAAGUCUGAAGAAGGUGUUCACCUUGGCCAGGCUUUGUUAGAGAAUGGCAUCAUCCAUCAUGUUACAGACAAGCACCAGUUCAAGCCCGAGCAGAUGCUGUACCGGUUCCGCUGCGACGACGGCACCUACUACCCCCGCGGUGAGAUGCAGGAUGUCAUCUCCAAGGGGGUGCGGCUGUACUGCCGCCUUCACAGCCUGUUUACCCCAGUAAUCAGGGAUAAAGAUUACCACCUGAGAACCUACAAGUCAGUGGUCAUGGCUAACAAACUCAUCGACUGGCUGAUUGCCCAGGGGGACUGCCGGACGAGGGAGGAAGCAAUGAUACUUGGGGUGGCUCUCUGUGAUAAUGGCUUCAUGCACCACGUGCUGGAGAAGAGCGAGUUCAAGGAUGAGCCUCUGCUGUUCCGCUUCUAUGCAGACGAGGAGAUGGAGGGGUCCAACAUGAAGCACAGGCUGAUGAAACACGACCUGAAGGUCGUGGAGAAUGUCAUAGCCAAGUCCUUGCUGAUUAAGUCCAGCGAAGGCAGCUAUGGAUUUGGGCUGGAAGACAAAAACAAAGUGCCAAUUAUUAAAGUGGUGGAGAAAGGAUCCAGCGCUGAGAUGGCAGGCCUGGAGGUCGGCAAGAAGAUCUUUGCCAUUAACGGUGACCUGGUGUUCCUGCGGCCCUUCGGGGAGGUGGAUUGCUUCCUGAGAGCCUGCCUGAGCAGCAGGCAGCCCCUCCGUGUCCUCGUCAGCACCAAGCCGCGGGAGACAGUGAAGAUUCCUGACGCUGCAGAUGGGCUGGGCUUCCAGAUCCGGGGCUUUGGCCCAUCCGUUGUGCAUGCUGUUGGGAGAGGAACAGUGGCAGCUGCAGCAGGUCUCCACCCUGGGCAGUGCAUAAUCAAAGUGAAUGGCAUCAACGUCAGCAAGGAGAGCCAUGCCAGCGUCAUCGCCCACCUGACGGCCUGCAGGAAGCACCGGCGGCCCAUGCAGCAAGAUUCUAUCCAGUGGGUUUACAACAGCAUUGAGAGUGCACAGGAAGACCUCCAGAAAACCUCCAGCAAGCCCUCUGGAGAUGAUGGAGGAGAUGCCUUUGACUGCAAAGUGGAAGAGGUAAUUGACAAGUUCAACACCAUGGCAAUAAUUGAUGGGAAGAAGGACCACGUGAGCCUGACUGUGGACAACGUUCACCUGGAGUAUGGGGUGGUUUAUGAGUAUGACAGCACUGCUGGCAUCAAGUGCCAUGUGCUGGAGAAGAUGAUUGAACCCAAGGGGUUUUUCAGCUUGACUGCAAAGAUUCUGGAAGCCCUGGCAAAAAGUGAUGAGUGUUUUGUGCAGAGCUGCAGCAGCCUGAAUUCCUUGAAUGAAGUGAUCCCCCCUGAGCUGCAGAGCAAGUUCGGUGUCAUCUGCAGCGAGAAGGUCGAGCACAUCCGCCGGAGGAUCUCCAGCUACAAAAAGUUUUCAAGAGUGCUGAAGAACAGAGCUUGGCCUACCUUCAAACAGGCCAAGUCGAAGAUCUCUCCCCUCCACAGCAGUGACUUCUGUCCCACCAACUGCCACAUCAACGUGAUGGAGGUGUCCUACCCUAAGACCUCCACUUCCCUGGGCAGUGCCUUUGGGGUGCAGUUAGACAGCAGGAAACAUUCUUCCCAUGAAAAGGAGGCUAAAAACUCAGAUCAGGGCAAGCUGAAUCCCAUGAUUUAUGUCCAGCACACCAUCACUACCAUGGCUGCUCCUUCAGGCCAGUCUCUUGGCCAGCAAGAAGGCCACGGGCUGAGGUACCUGUUGAAAGAAGAGGAUUUGGAAAGCCAGGAUGUCUAUCAGAAGCUGCUGUUCAAGCUGCAGGCUGCGCUGAGGGAGGUGGAGUUGUGUGUCUGUCAGAUCGAUGACCUCCUCUCUUCCAUAACCUACUCCCCAAAGCCAGAGCGGAAGACGCCUGAGCCUGCCGUGCCAGCAGACAGUGACACCGAGAGGGGAGAGAGGAAUGGGAAGAAAGUCUGCUUCAGUGUGACUGGGGAUGAGCAGGAGGACUCUGGCCAUGACACCAUCAGCAACAGGGAUUCUUACAGUGACUGCAACAGCAACAGGAACUCCAUUGCCUCCUUCACCAGCGUCUGCAGCAGCCAGUGCAGCUCCUACUUCCACAGUGAUGAGAUGGAUUCAGGCGAUGAGCUGCCCGUCAGCGUCCGGAUCUCGCACGACAAGCAGGACAAGCUUCACAGCUGUUUGGAGCACCUCUUUGGUCAAGUCGAUUCCAUUGUCAACCUCCUGAAGGGGCCAGCUGUGAUGAGGGCUUUUGAGCAGACAAAGUUCUUCACGCCAGGUCGAGGCCUCCAAGAGUUCCAGCAGGAAAUGGAACCGAAGCUGAACUGUCCGAAGAGGCUGCGGCUUCACAUCAAGCAGGACCCCUGGAACCUCCCCAGCAGCGUCCGGAGCCUGGCCCAGAACAUCAGGAGAUUUGUUGAAGAGGUGAAGGCACGAAUCCUGCUGGCCCUCCUGGAGUACACAGACAGCGAGAUCCAGCUGAGGCGAGACAUGGUCUUCUGCCAGAGCCUCGUGGCCACAGUCUGUGCCUUUUCAGAGCAGCUGAUGGUGGCCUUAAAUCAGAUGUUUGACAGCAACAAAGAGUAUGAAAUGGAGACGCUGGAGGCUAGCAGAAGGUGGCUGGAACAGAUCGCCAGUGCGGGGCUGCUCCUUCACUUCCAGUCCCUGCUCUCGCCUAACCUGGCUGAUGAGCAGGCCAUGCUGGAGGACACCUUGGUUGCACUCUUUGACUUGGAAAAAGUUGUUUUUUACUUCAGACAAGCAGAGCCAGAACCACUGGUUGCAAAUGUGCCAAUCACCUACCAGGCAGAAGGAAGCCGCCAGACCCUGAAGGUUUACUUCUACCUUGACAGCUGCCACUUCGAGCAGCUUCCUCAAAGGCUGAAGAACGGAGGGGGGUUCAAAAUCCACCCCGUGCUGUUCUCACAAGCACUGGAGAGCAUGGAAGGGUAUUAUUACAGAGACAGUGUCUCCGUGGAAGAGUUCCAAGCGCAGAUUAAUGCAGCCUCCCUAGAAAAAGUCAAGCAGUACAACCAGAAACUACGGGCCUUCUACCUGGACAAGUCCAACUUGCCUCCAAAUUCAACCUCUAAAGCAGCUUACAUAGACAAGCUGAUGAGGCCCCUGAACUGCCUGGAGGAGCUGUACCGGCUGGUGGGGUCCUUCAUCCGCUCCAAGCGCACUGCCGCCUGCGCCUACACCGCCUGCAGCGCCUCCGGCGUGGGGCUGCUCUCCGUCGCCUCCGAGCUCUGCAGCAGGCUCGGGGCUUGCCACAUCAUCAUGUGCAACAGCGGAGUCCACCGCUGCACUCUGAGUGUCACCCUGGAGCAGGCCAUCACCCUGGCCAGGAGCCAUGGGCUACCUCCUCGCUACAUCAUGCAAGCCACAGACGUCAUGCGCAAGCAGGGUGCAAGAGUACAGAACACAGCCAAGAACCUGGGAGUGAGGGACCGGACGCCACAGUCCGUGCCAAGGUUGUACAAGCUGUGCCAGCCACCACCACCUGCGGGAGAGGAGUGAGGAGAGCAGCUCCAGAAAGAUUCCAGUAGUGGCCUCGAGGAUACUGGGAAUCUGAGUGCCCUGGAGCAGUGUGUGCCUGGGGCUGUGAUGAGCAAACCCCUUUACUCAGGAUAAAAAUCCCCCCACGUUCUGCAUUGGCAUUGCAAAGGAACUCCAGCAGCACGCCGGGAGCCGCUGCGCCGCGCACCAGCACAGCAGGAGCCUGCCCUGGGAGCCUUACACUGGAACCGGAUUCCUUUGCUGUGUCCUGUUCAGCCGCACCAGAGGUGCAGCCAGCAGCUGGAAAACAGACGGCGUCUUCAGAGGGAAUGGCAGCACUGGGACACUGCACGGCCGGGGCCUCGUGGUGACCCCAGGCAUGCUGACCAGAUGGACCUCCCAGGGCCCUUGGCUCCGCCGCUCCCCGCGCACUGCCACGCUCCUAACUGCUCCCCAGCAGGACGCUGCUGCUGGAGGCUGCGAUGGGAGGGAGCUCAGAGGUGCGAGGCUGUCGGAGCUGUGGGCAGGCAGCUGCUCAGCACCGGCUUGUAGCAGGAGCUCAGGCAGGGCUGGAGCAGCUUCUUGCCUCACUCCUCUGGAAGAGGUCCCCAUAUGGCAGAGGGUGAGGUUCUGCCUGUGGCCACUUCCCAUCAGCAGGGAGGAGGAAUCUGCUCUUUAUAACCGACUGAGCUCCACUGCCUGGUGGAUGUUUGACACCAUUGCUCCUCUGCACCCUGGAGUCUCCCAGCAUUGAGUGUACUCGUGUCUAGAAUGUCCCAACAAACCUCUCCCAGGCAGGGCCGAGGCAGGGUGGGUCUGAGUGGAAAUCUCUGUGGGUUGAGAUGAAGCAUUUGGGAGCUUGCUGGUUUGUGCUGCCCUUUGCAUUGCUGUGCCAGGGCUGUUCUGUGUGCUGUGCCCACUCCUGGGCCUGCCGAUGGCUGGAGCUUUCUCUGGAAGCUGUAGUAAGUGUUCAGAGGGCCCAGGAAAAAUGCAUCUGCAUUUGGCUGCUGUUGUGGCCAAAGACUCUCCAGGGAAGUCACCCCCAGCUGAGGUUCCACACGGGCUCAGGAAAACAGAGUCCCCUCUGAGCCAGCAGCUGCAGAGCAGGGCAGCCACUGGCCGAGUGCUGCCCUUGCACAGCCGCAGCCUCUGGCUCUGCUGCAGCAGCCAACCCUCGCAGCAGGACAGUUGCAGAUUCCCUCAUCGGUUGUGCAUGCUCCAAUCUCCUACCCGCAGGGACAGCAGGGUGGAUCCCAAGGGAGCUGUGCUCUUGCAGAGUGCUUUCUGUGCAGGAUCUCUUGGGGACUUGUGGCUUUUCUCCAAAGGAGGAAUUAGGGCUCUGACCUUCCCCAGCACUCUCCAUCUUUUUACACAGACUCUAACUUUGCUAAUUAAAGAACUAUUUUUGUAUCCCCACAGCUGAGAGGUCUGCACCGACGGCGACCUGCAGUGUGUAAAUAUUUAUGUAGCUGUCUGAAGUCCUGGUCCAAACAGGGACCGCUGGCCUUAAGCUGUGACAGGCAAUGACAAGCACCCCAGUCACAAUUUCACCUCUCUGCUGUCAGGUUUAGUCUCCUUUGUGUUCCUGGGAGCUGGGACUAUAAACUUCUUCAUAACAAGACAAAACAAAACAGAACAGAAAGCAAAGUUUUACUCUUUAGAAACUGACUCUUUGUCUAGGGUGACCUGAGGUUUCUGCACAGAGUUGGGAGUGGUCAGAGCUUGUUCUCUUUGCUGUGCUUUAUUCAGUGAGGCAUCCUCAUGCCAGGGAUGGAGCUGAGAGGUUAGGAGCAGGGGGGAGGUUCUUCAUGCCAGGGAUGGAGCUCAGAGGGCAGGAGCACAGAGGAGGUUCCUCAUGCCGAGGAUGGGCUCAGAGUCGGCUCACAUCUCCUCUGAGGUUUGUAACCUCUCCUCGUAGGCUGGACCCAGCAAGGGCUGUGCUCCAGUUCCUCAGUGCCAAACACUUCUGUGCUUAUGGAUCCCUGUCAGGGGAAAUGUUCCUGCUGCCAGCUGAACCAGCCCACCUUGUGCCCACUGAGACAGCUGCACUCUCCAGUGCCUUUCAGGUGGGUUCCACUGGCUUUUAGCAAAGGCAUCAGGGCUUGGGGUUGGGUUUUGUUUGGUUUUAAUGCAGUCAGCAGUGGCUCUGCUGCAGUUUGAGGGUCCAAAUAAUCAAGCUGAUGAGGAUUUAUAGUAAUCAUACUUCACUUAAUUAGUUGGAAUCCCCUAAUGGAACAAAAUGACCCAGCUGUAUUGAUCUGUUUGCACCCAGAGAACUUCCCCAGCGAGUGACCUCCUUGUCAGGUGCAGUGUGCACAGCUCUCUGCCAGAUCUGCCUGCUGAGGCUGAGCAGGGCUCUCUGAUGAUACUCAGAGAAGCCUCUCUUGUUUCUUUUCAUGGCAAUGGUGAGCUCAGUGACUGCAGUGUCUGUACAGAUUGCCCCUCACAGCUCUUGGGCCUGGCUGCCAGCAUUUUGCACCAUUUCUGUGUGAGGUAAGGAGCAGAGUUUCUCCAGCUAGUGCACUGUCUUGUGUGCCUGACCCCUGCACUGAAGGAGGCAGGCAGUGCUGUUCUCACUGGCACUGCUGAACUGAUGCCCAGAAGGUGCCUGUCUCAGGAUUGCCCAUCUCUGGGGUUUGCCCUGUAAAAAGCCUCUGAAGUGCUCUUUCCGUGUGCUGGCCGUUGGCAGGGUUCAGGCACGGCCCAGCAGCCCUCUUUGCCUGCAGCAGAUGUGUUCCUGAGUGUCUCCCUGCUGCUUGUCCUGUCUGGGUUGGAGGAUGUACACCACAGUCCUGCAGAUGCUGGCACUGCCAAGACCUUCCAGCUUGUCCAGAGGUCAUCACACAGCCAUCCCUUACCUUCUCCCCCACAAACGACACCUCUGUGCCAGGCAUGCGUUCUGGGUAGAGUGGAGCUGCUUCAGAGAGCACUUCUGCUUCAGGCUCAGAGUCGUAGCUGGGACACUCUGCAAGUGCUUAGAUCUGGACUCGUGGGGCUGUCCCCAGCACUUUGUGCGGCUGUUGGUGUCCUCUCUGUGCCGUGUGGCAGAUGUAAGCGACCUUAUUAACUUUGUAACCCCCUGUACAUAGUGUCUGUACCUGGUUGGUUGUGUUACACUUCAGACACGACCCUGCCUGAGCACUGCACAGCUGGGUGGGAUGGGAAAGGGCAGAGCAGGGCAGUGCUCUGUGUGAGCACAGCCACGCACGGAGCUCCGACUGCUGCGGGGACCCGGCCGGAGCAGCAGCUCCGAGGGCAGCUCGGUCUGCAGCAGUAGCCUUUGGAGCUCCAUCUGAAAGCCCCCGGGAGGAUGGGUUCCAGUCCCCGCUCCCUGCAGCCCCUCUGAGUCGGUGGCUCUGGCUUAGACUAAUCUGUGUCCUGCUAGAGCUGAGAGUUGCUGUUUUAGCUCCGUAUUAAAGACAGGAACGGUAGCAGCGUCCUACAGAGUGUCAGCCAGCAAUAAACUCUUCAUAACACGG